UGGGGAGGGAUCAACAACCACCUGUGUUGUGCGUGCGUGUUUGUACGAGUGUCCGGCGGGAGUUGUUGGAAAGGAACGGUGAACUGUUGCAGCGAGUUCGUAGUCGGCGGCGGCGGCAGAGGCCAGGCCACGGCAUCCAAGCCUCCCAAACCGUCGUUUUGCCCCGAGAGGGCCCGUCCCACCGCGCUGGAGCGUUCUUUUUUUCUUUUUUUCUUCUUCUACAAAGUGAGCGAAAACGUUGUCCUCCGGGGCACGCAUUGUGUGUCGUUCGUUCGUGCGGCUCCCAGCAUCCGGCGUUUUUGUUUUUGCUCUGUGUCAAUCGCGCGCCGCCUGGAUUCGAAGCUCCCGUCUCCGGUUUGUUUUGCACCGGCGUGGUUUUCGGCUCCUUGGAUCGUCCCAUGUUUGAAGAUCUCUUGUGCCGUGCUCGGUCCGCCCGUGUGCGGGGGGGUUACCCUGCUCCUUCAGGCUUCGAGGUUUUGUGGUGAUACUGCAGUAGUUCUUCGGCGGUCGUGGUGAGCCGUUUUGCGUUUACGCAGUCAUGGAUCGCGACAGGUUUCACCGCGCGGCGCGCGACGGAUACCUGGAUCUUCUCCGGGAGGCUACUCGAAAGGACUGCAACACUCCGGACGAAGACGGAAUGACGCCCACGAUCUGGUCGGCCUACUACGGACACCUCGACGCAUUGCGCCUGCUCGUCGGACGAGGGGGUGAUCCGGACCGUUGCGACCACUACGGCAGCACGGCGCUUCACUGCGCGGCGGCCAACGGCCACAUCAACUGCGUCUCCUUCCUCGUCUCGUUCGGCGUCAACCUGUGGGCGCUCGACAACGACUUCCACACGGCCACCGACGUCGCCUCCAUCAACCAGAGGGAAGAGGUGUUGCGGUUCCUGGACCAGGCUGUGUCCAAGCAGAGCGCCCUGAACAAGAAGCUCGUGCAGCGGCUCAAGGAGAAGGCGCUCCGGGACGCGGACAAGCGUCGCAAGGGCUACCAGAAGCUCACCCGCAAGGCGGCCAAGAAGGCCGAGAGGGACGACAAGAUGCUCGAAAAGCAGCGGAAGCGCAUGGCGCAGGUGGAGCUGCUCGUCGAGGCCAACAACGGCGUGCACAGUGCGCUCAUUCCGCUCCACGUGGGCGACGGUCGGGGCACCCUGCAGCCGACGCGGGCGCCCAAGUUCUCAGACAUGGUCAGCACGGGCACCUCGACCACCGUCUCGAGUCGCAAGGGCCUCGGCGCCGUCUCCAAGAAGGUUCACCUGCGCAAGCAGAACACCGACCCCGGCGAAUUCAACAAGGUGCGAACCCUGGACAACGACGGCAAGAAGUCGAUCCGGUCGCUGACGGGCCUCCAGCGGGACGCCGAGGUUGUCUUCGUGCCCAAGGGCACGGCCGAGGAGCCCCUGCUUUCCCCAGCCUCGCGACCGGGUCUUCCGGACUUUCUCAAAGACAGCUCGGCACCGGGCGAUCUCUCGCGGGCCAUCAGCGAACCGGACCUGGGCGCACACCCGGACUCCGGUCUUGGCGAGGACGAGCCGACCACGGGUUCCAGCAUGUUUGAGCGCCCGGGCUUCGGCAGCGUCGCGUUUCGCAACUCCAUCUCGGGCACGCUGCUGUCCCUGCCUUCGUGUCGCAUCGACGACGAAGAGGUGGGCAGCAUCGCCUUGCCCUGCGGGAGCGUCGUCGACUCCAUCGGCUCUGCUGGCAGUCUGGCCCAGAGGCAGAGCGUCCUGCCCUGGGAAGACGUCGAGGACGUAUACUACGAGGAAGACGAAGAGGAUGAAGAGGAAGACGGCGGCGGGACCCCACCAGCGAUCGUGGUGUUCCUGGCGGCUCACGGCCUGGCCGAGUACGUGGACCUCUUUUCGAGGGAGAAGGUGGACCUGGAUGCCCUGACACUACUGGGUGAGGAAGACCUCAAGACCAUGGGCGUGCCCCUGGGACCCAGGAAGAAGCUGCUCAGGGCGGUCGAGCAGAGACGGGUUGCCUUUGAGGAUCCUGGAGAAGUGGCCGACUCGAGGCUUUAGAGGUUGACAUCGUGGUCCAGAGAGACGAGACAGAGGACCCGAGAGAUGUGCCUUGAAGAAGACUUGCUUCUCGUCGACUGUCGUGUGAUCGUUGUGCGUGUGUGUGAUGUGUGCCAGCUUCCGAGAGUGGUUCCGAACCGCUGGAUUCUGAGAGGCAAAUGAACAACCAUUUUUGUUUUUUUCUUUACUGUCCUGUAUUUGAAUCGACUUGGAAACGAACUCGUUCUUUUUAUUUAAGUUUCCAGGAUACCAUCAAAGACCGCAGAAGAUGUGUUCUGUUGGCAGAAACUGCUGCAUGCUUGUGGAAUGGUAUUAGGAGCCAUGGGUGCAUCUUGGUGAUGAACUGGCAAAGCGAUGAGAUGCUGGCUACCUGUUAUACGUUCAUUUUAGACACACAGAAAAAGAACAGGACAAAUAAAGAGAAGGUACAGGACAGGCACUGAUGCAGCUUGUUCUGCACCUUCUGUUGUUUUUUGUCUUUUUGGGAUGUUAAAAUGAACGUUUUGGUGGUGCCCGACCUUUUCACAAAUCCACGUUGUAGACUGAAAGAGCGAGUAUGCAAUGGAGCCUAAUGGAGAGCUCAAGAUGUAAGCCUCACUAGUGACCCAAGAGUCCUGGAAUGCCAGACUUUGAUUUUUUUGCUGUGAAAGAAGUGACAACGUCUGGGAUCUGCUUUCUCUCGUAUGAAUAGCCACUUGCAAUUACUUAAAAAAAGCUCUUGUCAUUUGA